AAUUCCCAAGAAAUAGGGGCCCUUUGCGAUGUCAUCAUCGUCGCUUUGCUUGUAAAAAAAAAACCGGUAUUUCAAGAACAAGCAAAACCCAAAAGAGGGCUUUCAAACAUCACAGAUUCAAUCUCUACUUUACAAAACUAAGUGAAAUGAUUCACCAAUUUCUCGAUCCAGAGGUUUAAUUAGCUUCAAAUUUUCAAGAUCUCUUACAUUUCAGCUCAUUCUGCAGUGCUCUCUGUAGUAAUCCUGCAAAAGCAUAUAUCAAGUUUAUCAUGAAUCCAGAAGCCGCAACUGAAAAUGGAGACUCAGCCAGUUUAAACGAAAUUCUUAACUUCAAAGGGGCUGCAGAAGAUAAUCUUGCUGAGAGUAAAUUGUUUGAUGGAAUCCAAUCUAAGCACGGUUUGGCUGAUAUUCCAGCUGCUAAAAUCUCAGAAUUGAUGAAACUAAACAGUUUAGAGAGUGCCUCCACUCAUUCACUUUUCAGUGUUGUGAAUAAUAUUUUGGAUGACAGCAUUGAGAGAAAGAAUGGGGAUAUACCUCAGUGUGUAGCGUCCCUGGUGAAGUUAGUCGUACAAGAGAUUGAAGAACGAGUUUCAAAACAAGCUGAUAAUUUGAGAAAGCAAAAUGGGUUAUAUAAGUCUCGUGAGGAGAGAUAUCAAUCAAGAGUUAAAGCACUCGAAACCCUUGCAUUGGGGACCACUGAGGAACAUGAGGUUAUCAUGAAGAAGCUUCAACAGAUAAAGAUAGAGAAGGCCAAAAUGGAAGAGAAAGAAAAACUUCAAGAACAAGAUUUAAUCAGGUUAAUGGAAGAUAAUGACCACUAUAAGAUGCAAAUAUCCUCAUUGGAUGCUGAGCUUGAAUCAUCCAAACAUGCACAUGAAAAAGAUCGAUUACAACUGGAAGCACAACUGGAGCAAACUCGAGUUGAGUCAGAGAACAAGAUACUGGAACUUCAGUGUCUGCUGAGUAAAUCGACCAAGAAAGUACAAGAACUUGAGGCCUUUUCAGAAUCCAAGUUGGUGAAAUUGAAAAGGAGAGAGCUUGGCUACAAACACUUCAUAGACUCUCAUUUUGGAUCUCUGCAGGAAUUAAGGAUGUCAUCUGAGUCUAUAAGGAAGGAGGUGAUGAGGACCAAGGAGAUUUAUGUCGAGGAACUUAGCCACUUUGGGUUCAAUCUUAAGGGGUUGGUUGAUGCUGCUCAGAAUUAUCACACAGUUCUUGAAGAAAAUAGGAAGUUGUACAAUGAAGUUCAAGAUUUGAAAGGUAACAUUAGAGUUUACUGUAGGAUAAGGCCAUUCCUUCCUGGUCAAAGCCAAAAAUUGACAACCAUAGAGUACAUUGGUGAGAAUGGUGAACUGGUUGUUACUAAUCCUUCAAAACUGGGGAAAGAUAGUCACCGUCUUUUCAAAUUCAACAAGGUCUUUGCACCUGCUGUUACUCAAGAGGAGGUGUUUCGAGACACUCAGCCAUUAAUCAGGUCUGUUUUGGAUGGGUACAAUGUUUGCAUCUUUGCUUAUGGUCAGACUGGUUCCGGAAAAACAUAUACCAUGAGUGGGCCCAGCAUGUCAUCCGUGGAGAAUUGGGGGGUCAACUACCGAGCUCUGAAUGAUCUAUUCAACAUCUCCCAGAGUAGGAAAAGUUCCAUUGCAUAUGAAGUUGGUGUUCAAAUGGUUGAGAUAUACAAUGAGCAAGUGCGAGACUUGCUCUGCAGUGAUACUUCUCAGAAACGACUUGGGAUUUGGAGUACUACUCAACCCAAUGGAUUAGCUGUCCCUGAUGCUAGCAUGCAUCCAGUCAAAUCAACUGCAAAUGUCUUAGAAUUAAUGAAUAUUGGCCUAAUGAAUAGAGCUGUUGGCGCUACUGCUUUAAAUGAAAGAAGUAGUCGGUCACAUAGUAUCCUCACCGUUCACGUGCGCGGUAUAGACUUGGAAACAAAUGAUAUUCUACGAGGCUGCCUACAUUUGGUAGAUUUGGCUGGCAGUGAAAGAGUAGAUCGCUCUGAAGCCACAGGGGAUCGUUUACGAGAAGCACAACAUAUAAACAAAUCAUUAUCUGCUCUUGGGGAUGUGAUAUUUGCAUUGGCGCAAAAAAGUUCUCAUGUGCCAUAUAGAAAUAGCAAACUAACACAAGUUCUUCAAAGCUCCCUUGGAGGCCAGGCAAAGACACUUAUGUUUGUACAGCUCAAUCCUGACGUAGAAUCCUACUCAGAAACCAUUAGUACCCUAAAGUUUGCUGAGAGGGUGUCUGGAGUGGAGUUAGGUGCAGCUCGGAAUAAUAAAGAAGGCCGGGGUGUUAAAGAGCUUAUGGAUCAGGUAGCUAAUUUAAAGGACACAAUUGCCAAGAAGGAUGAAGAAAUUGGGCGGCUGCGGGUUCCCAAAAAUAGUGGCAACGGUGAGAGGCGUAGUGUGAGCUCAACCAGGCAUAGCUCUGCCUCUCCAAGAAGGCAAUCUUUAGGCGGUCCACGAACAAACCAAAUUUCUGGAGAGAGAAGCUCAAAACCUACUCAGAAAGCUGCUUCUGACGUGGACAAUAGUUCUGAAUACAGCGACAGACAAUCUGACACUGGUUCUCAGCAAUCAAUGGAUGACUUUAGGCAUCACAGAGAUUUCUUUAGACAAUCCAGACUUGCUGUAGUAGAUGCUGAUCUAAAUCUGGGUGAAGACACUGAUUCAAGGGCUACUGCUAGAGGAAGUCAAAAUCCUAACGAAGACGUGGUGCUUAUUGGGUUUGAUGAUGCAGAUUCUGAAGAGAGAUUAAGUGACAUAUCCGAUGGUGUACUUUCAAUGGGAACUGAGACUGAUGGUUCAAUCAAUAGUAUUGUAGAGUACACUCUUUUCCCAGAAACUACAAAGCCACCUCCAGAGACCCCUGAGAAGCCCUCAAUUAUACCUGCUAAACUUCCACGGCCUACACAAAAGACGGUGCAAACAGGAUCUUCUCGGAUGUCACUGAAGAAGAGCACCCCUAAAAUCCCGAGUUCUAAAAAACCUCCUUCCGGAAAUACUUCUGCAGUUAGGUCUUCCAAAAGAUGGCAAUAGUACAGACGUAAAAUUGUGGAAGAGGACAGACACUUGACGAUCCUUCUUUGUAGAUUAGACUGUAGACACGAUUGUUGUGUCAUCUUCCAUUGCUGUGGAAGAUGUGUAGGAACUUCAGCUUGUAGCAAACUGCACUGAUCAGAUUGAAUUUCUUUAGGUGUAUUUGCUCCCUGCCUCCCCCUACUCGAAGUGAAGGAGUAAAGGAGGGCGGCGUGGGGUUUGACAUUGUGUAGUGUGUACAUGUAGCUCUAUUUAAGAACUUGCUGAUGCAUUUUUAGGCUAUGAAAUAGUGUUGACUGAUAACUUAUGUUUGAUUAUGAUGCUUAUUGUGAAAGGAAGAUCAUGCUUGCUUUUGA